CUCCCGCAUAACCUCAUGCCGUUGUUGGUUGUGGUGUACCGCGAUGAGUGCUCCCAGCUUGGUGAAUCUGUCUGCUCCUUGAUCUUAUGUAGGGAAUGUUACUGUUGCUCGUAACCUUGCUCUUAUGCGCUCAGACUCACUCGUCCGCUAAUCUGCUAUGCUGUCUUUGCCCUGCCAGUCGUGGCGUCAAUGCGGCAAAUGGUAAUCCAAACAUAUUAGUUGUUCUGGCGGGGCCGGUAUACAAUAUCUACAGUGAUGAUACGACAACAACAGCGAGGCGAAACUGGUAAGUAUGCAAGUCGAUAGGGGUCAGCGCAAUGUUCUGGGUGUACGGGGAAAGGACCGCCGAUAUCUACGUGUCCUGAC